AUUUGGGGACUAAGUUGAAACUUUAGAAAACUUAAGUGACCCGAAUCAGAUUUGUAUUCUUGCAAUUGACCCUCCCCAAAUCAGAACUAAUACAAAAUUGUUGGACCUUAGUGCAAUUUUAGAAAUCUUAAACAAAACACGGCCCCUCCUCUAUUCAGUAGUCGGCAUCACCAACCCUAACCCAUUUCCGACGCUUACGAAGAACACACUCACACCGCCCGGAAGCCGUUCGACCCCAAUUCUAGUCCGUUCCGUCCGAUUAAUCGCCACCGCGGUGAGCGAACGCGGCGUAAAUUGCCGUUCCGGCGGAUAAAUCGCCGCUUUUUAGAUUUUCGAACACGCCAGCCGCUAAAUGCUGGAACUUUGUCGCGGUGGCCUCCGUUCCGGUUCCACUAACUCCGUUCCGGCCGUUAUAGCGGCGUUCCGGCGAACCGUGGGUGGAUGUUGAAGAGUUUUUGUGCGAGCGAGAGGCUAAUCACGGAUGUGGACGAAUAUUUUUAAAAUCGGUGGUUUGCAUCAGAUAUCAUGGUUUCAGUUUCUUCCCAAUGAAUUUGAUUUCAACGCUCUGUCUGAUAAGAGUUCAAAAGUGGAUCAAAAAGAUGCAGCAACUUCAGUGGUGCUCUCAGCACAUCUGCAACUGCAGAAGGAAGGGCUUCUCAGUACAUGGACUAAUUCUUUUGUUGGACCCUGGGAUCCUUCACAGGGUUUGCACAAUCCUGAUGAAAAGAUCAAGCUCUGGCUUUUUAUCCCGGGACAACACUCCUCUGUCAUUGAGAAAGCACAGCCUGCCGUUGCUAAAUUGAGAGUUCUCGCAUGUGGCCUUUGGGUGUCUCCUGGUGAUUCAGAAGAAGUUGCAGCUGCCCUGUCCCAGGCUCUAAGAAACUGUAUAGAAAGAGCUCUUAGAGGGCUCUCAUAUGUACGGUUUGGAGAUGUGUUUUCAAAAUAUCAUCCAUUUACACAAAACGAAGAACUCUUCAGGAGGGGUCAACCUGUUGCUGAGUUUAUCUUUGCCGCUUCGGAAGAGGCAAUAUUUGUUCAUGUUAUUAUAUCCGCUAAGCAUGUCCGGGCGCUAUCCAGUGGUGAUAUAGGACCAUUCCUCAGCAGUUCUUCUAGGCGUUCCAAUGACCGUAUUUCAGUUAUUGCUUCCCCUCAUGGAAUGCGUGGAAAGCUCACAGGAUGUUGUCCUGGCGAUCUUGUGAAACAAGUGUAUAUGAGCUCUGCAAAGUUUAGAGGUUCAAAUGGAAUUAUAGGUCUUCCCCACCAUGCUGCUCAAGGGUCCGUCCUACCAGCUCAAAUGAGGGGACAGAACUGCUAUGUUGAAGUGACCAUUGGUUGCCAGGACAAGAUGGGCCGCAAUAAUGUUUACUCGCGUAGUAACUUGCCUCAGACUCAUGGCACUGAGCCCCCACCUGUCGGACUAGGUACUCAAAGGUGGCCUCCAGAAAAGCUCCCAUUUUGUGAAAAAAUGUUUGUUUAUCCAGCUGAAGCUGUCCUUGUUCCAGUUAUGCAGACAUCUUUUGCUAGAUCUUCUCUGAAGAGGUUUUGGCUGCAAAAUUGGGUUGGGCCGUCAUUAUCGGGCUCGUCACCUAUUAUGCACUGCUUUGAUUUUGACAGCGAUGACAAGCUAGAUUCAAGGGUUGGAUCAUCACCAAGUGGAGCUCGCUCUCUGCAUGGCUAUCGUAGCAGUAGUAACAGUAACAGUAGUAGCAACUGCAGCAUAAGUAGUUCUUCCAGUGACAGUGAUCGCAAGACCUUGGGAGCUAGUGAUCUUGACGCAGAUGCAGAUUCUAUAAUGUCCAGACAAUCUGGUUUAUCUUCGUUGGGUCAAAUGCAGAAUGAUGGCCUCCAGUCGGGUUCUAAAAGGCCGCGAUCUGGGACAUCAGAGUCAUUUGGUCAAGCGGGUAUGGUUUUAAAUCCUUCUAUGACUGAUUAUGGUGCCAUGGAAGUCAACAAUGUGUCCAUCACUGGGGUUGCAAAUGAACAAAUUGGAUCUGAAUGGGAUUGGGACGACGACGAAAGAGGCAUGGGAGUGGAUAUUCAGGCGCUACUAUCAGAGUUUGGUGAUUUUGGUGACUUCUUUGAGAGUGAUGUAUUGCCUUUGGGCGAGCCUCCAGGCAAUGUUGAGUCUCAAGCUCCAAUGUUUCCUGCACCUGAGGGUGGAGAAUUGUGUAGCAGCCCCAGCAACUCUCUGAUGGAUGUGUCAGAUCAGAUGCUUUUGCCUGUUGGUUUUCAAAAUUUUGAUAACAAUCUACAAAUUUCUGCCCCGCUGGAAGAUAUAGCAAACAAAAAUCAAGAGGCCACAAUGAUUUCUACUUCUGGUCAAGUGUCCUCUGUGCUGUCAUCUUUUAGUGGAGAAUUUGAUCAUGUUGUAAAGGCUGAAGCACUGAUGACAUUUGCUCCAGAAUAUGGAGGCGUGGAAACCUCCAAGAGCGAGAUCUCCUUCGUGAUUUUCCGAAGUCCGUAUAUACCAAAAUCCUGCAAAGUGGAUUCUGCUUCAAGCUCGAACAAUUAUGUAUAUUCUGCAACACCACCGUCUUCCCCUUGCUUUGAUGGAUUUGAUGAGAAGUCCAUCUUGUCCGCCAGUAUGAAAACAUGUGCAGAAAAAGACUCGACUUCUGUUUUAAAAUCAAUGAAAUAUUAUACACAUGUUGAAAGAGGAAAACAGCAAAUUGGUGGAAGUAGCAACAGAUUUUCUAAAGGUGAGCUUGGAGUGGCAUCAUCACAAUUUUCUGUUGUUAGUCAAACAAAUGUCAAGGCUGUCUCGACUAAAGCAAGUGAAGGCUCACUGGGAGAAGAUAAUAUUCCAUCUUCAAGGACUGUCCUUGCAACAGAGAUUGAAUGCCUUAUGUGCCAGGCUUCCAUGUGUAGGCUACGACAUACAUUGUUGUCUUCUAGCAAUCAGUCACCUACUGGAAUGAGUGGAUUGUCUGAAAGUAGCACUCCAAAUCAGGCCAAUGUUGAUUCAAGUACCAUGACGGACAAUAUUUCAAGCAAAUCUGAGUUGAAGAAGAAAGAAAUUAUUCCGGUUAGGAUAGCUGGUGAUAUUGAUGGAGGAAUACUAGAUGGCCCUUUGACCGCACCUGUUGGUGUCUGGCGAUCUGUUGGAAUUCCUAAAGUUGCUAAAUCAAGCACAAGUAUGGAAAUCUGCCCAUCUAUACCACACAAUUCAUUCAUUGAAGAAAGCAUGCUUUCCUAUGGACUACGACAACCACUUCAGGAACUUCUUGACGGCAUCGCGUUACUUGUCCAGCAAGCUACUUCAUUUGUUGAUGUGGCUCUGGAUGCUGAUUGUGGUGAUGGCCCUUAUGGUUGGCUCGCACUUCAAGAGCAGUGGAGACGCGGAUUUUCCUGUGGACCUUCUAUGGUACAUGCUGGUUGUGGGGGACUUUUGGCUUCUUCUCAUUCCCUCGAUAUUGCUGGCAUGGAGCUUGUUGAUCCGCUCUCAGUUGAAGUUCAGGCAUCAUUAACUAUUAGUUUACUCCAGUCAGACAUAAAAGCAGCCCUAAAAUCUGCAUUUAGCACUGUAGAUGGUCCUCUAUCCGUUACCGAUUGGUGUAGGGGCCGUAGCCCAUCCAGUGAAUCAGGUUGUGAUGGACUUUCUGCAGAGUCUAUUGCUAGUGCAAAUGAAUGUCGCGAAACUUCGAGCACUGUAACUCUAUCAGUUGGAGACCCCAUGAGCCCAUCUCUGACUUCUGUUGGUGGAUCGUCUAGCCUCAAAGCUGAUGGGAUCAGAGGGGACGAGGCAGGUGCUUCUCUAUCAGAGUUGGAUCAUCAACAAUUCUUACGGAUUCUGCCUACGCUCUCUGUUGUUCCGUUUCCUUCCAUACUUGUUGGGUACCAAGAUGAUUGGCUCAAAACCUCAGCUAGUUCCUUACAAGUCUGGGAAAAGGCCCCUCUUGAACCAUAUGCAACUGCAAAACAUAUGAGCUACUACGUUGUCUGUCCAAAUAUUGAUCCACUUACCAAGGCUGCAUCUGAUUUUUUCCUGCAACUUGGAACUGUUUAUGAAACCUGCAAGCUGGGAACCCAUGCACCCCAAAGUCUUGGAAAUGAGAUGGAGAUUGAUUCUGGGAAAAUUUCUCCUGGUUUUGUCCUUCUCGAUUGCCCUCAGUCGAUGAAGAUAGAUACCAAUAAUGCAUCUAUGCUGGGAUCAAUCAGUGAUUAUUUUCUUUGUCUAUCAAAUGGCUGGGAUCUGACGAGCUAUCUAAAGACCCUUUCUAAGGUUCUCAAAGGCUUAAAAUUUGGUUCAUCUCCAACUGUAAAUGCAAAGGAUGGAAAUGGUGGGCCAUGCACUGUAGUUUAUGUGGUGUGCCCCUUCCCAGAGCCUCUUGCAGUUCUGAAGACUGUGGUUGAAUCUUCCAUUGCUAUUGGAUCAGUCAUUCGGUCUUCAGAUAAAGAAAGGAGAUCAAUGAUGCACAACCAAGUUGCAAAAGCCCUGAGUUACCCAGCUGCUGUAGACGAGUCAUUUUCAAAUGUUUUGACUCUUUCGGGAUUCAGCAUACCAAAGUUGGUCUUGCAGAUUGUGACAGUUGAUGCUGUUUUUAGGGUUACUAGUCCCACACUAAGUGAGCUAAUCAUUCUGAAGGAAAUUGCAUUCACUGUUUACAAUAAAGCUCGACGUAUUUUACGAGGAGCUUCUGGCGAGAUGACACAAUCAUCAUCUGUGUCAGGAAGAUCUCAUUCAGCCUUGAUGCAGAUGGCUUCACCUGUUCCUGGUAUGUGGAAGGACUGUGUUGGUCCUCGAAGUUUGGGACCUCCUCUUCAAAGAGAGAGUGAACUUGAUGCAAGCUUGAGACCAGGUGCUUGGGAUAACUCCUGGCAGUCAGCGAGGAGUGGGGGGCUUGGAUGCGAUCCCAACAGAAGUGGAGAUGCCUUUCCUCUGGAUGAAAUACGUUGUUUGUUUGAGCCACUUUUCAUUCUUGCUGAACCCGGUUCGUUAGAGCGCGGAAUUUCUCCCUUUUUGGGGAAUUCAGGUGAUUCGUCAAAGCUAUUAUCAGAUGAUUGUGCAAGUACCAGCUUUGCGCAAAGUUCUGCAUCUUCAGGAAGUGGAGAUAAUAAUGGGCCUGUUUCUCAGCAUGAGCCCAUGGAUUCAGAUGGUUUUGGAACUGGCCAUCAAAAAGCACUCCCGAGCCUGCAUUGUUGUUAUGGGUGGACAGAAGAUUGGCGUUGGAUGGUGUGCGUAUGGACAGAUUCAAGGGGAGAGUUGCUCGACAGUUAUGUUUACCCCUUUGGUGGAGUCAGUAGCCGGCAAGACACCAAGGGUCUGCAGUCCCUAUUUAUCCAAAUUUUGCAACAAGGAUGCCAGAUUCUCCAGGCUUGUUCUCCUGAUGUUGGUAUUGCUAAGCCUAGAGAUCUUGUGAUUGCACGAGUGGGUUGCUUCUUUGAGCUCGAGUGCCAGGAGUGGCAGAAAGCAUUGUAUUCCGCUGGGGGUCCGGAGGUGAAGAAGUGGUCUCUGCAGCUUCGUCGAUCAUUCCCUGAUGGAAUACCUCCUAAUAGCAAUGGAAAUUCUUUGCAGCAGCAGGAGAUGAGUUUAAUGCAAGAGAGAUCUUCACCAAGUCCAUUGUAUAGUACUCAUGCUAAGGCUUCUGCAUUCAUGAAAGGUGGCAUCGGACAACCUUCCUCAAGGAAGCAGAUAAUGGGUGGGCAUGCAGUGCUCGACAAUUCCAAGGGCUUAUUGCAGUGGGUGCAGAGCAUCAGUUUCGUUUCAGUCUCAAUUGAUCAUUCCUUACAACUAGUGUUUCAAGCAGACUCAACAUCCCCUGGGACAAGUCAAGGUAGUGCUACAUCUGGUCAGUCAGUGUAUCUCGAAGGAUACACACCUGUCAAAUCCCUCGGCUCUACUUCAGCCUCCUACAUUCUAAUUCCUUCACCAAGAAUGCGUUUCCUCCCCCCCUCGAUUCUUCAACUCCCCACAUGCCUCACUGCAGAUUCCCCUCCUUUAGCCCAUCUUCUACACAGCAAAGGCUCGGCAAUUCCCCUCUCUACCGGUUUCGUCGUUUCGAAAGCUGUACCUUCAAUGAGGAAAGACAGUAAAAGCCACUCAAAAGAAGAAUGGCCUUCAAUUCUUUCUGUUAGUUUAGUUGACUAUUACGGAGGUAAUAACUUCAGCAAAGAAAAGUUAUUAGCGUAUAAAGGUGUCAGUAAUAAGCAUAGCUAGGAUUUCGAGUCGGAGACGCACGUAAUUCUCGCUUCGAUCGCAGCUGAGCUUCAUGCUUUGUCGUGGAUGACUGUUAGCCCAGCGUAUUUAGAUAGGAGAUCGGCUUUGCCUUUUCAUUGUGAUAUGGUUUUGAGACUUAGAAGGCUUCUUCAUUUUGCCGAUAAGGACAGUUCUCGUCUUCCAGAUAAGGCUGCCCCUCCAGGCAAUGUUGAGUCUCAAGCUCCAAUGUUUCCUGCACCUGAGGGUGGAGAAUUGUGUAGCAGCCCCAGCAACUCUCUGAUGGAUGUGUCAGAUCAGAUGCUUUUGCCUGUUGGUUUUCAAAAUUUUGAUAACAAUCUACAAAUUUCUGCCCCGCUGGAAGAUAUAGCAAACAAAAAUCAAGAGGCCACAAUGAUUUCUACUUCUGGUCAAGUGUCCUCUGUGCUGUCAUCUUUUAGUGGAGAAUUUGAUCAUGUUGUAAAGGCUGAAGCACUGAUGACAUUUGCUCCAGAAUAUGGAGGCGUGGAAACCUCCAAGAGCGAGAUCUCCUUCGUGAUUUUCCGAAGUCCGUAUAUACCAAAAUCCUGCAAAGUGGAUUCUGCUUCAAGCUCGAACAAUUAUGUAUAUUCUGCAACACCACCGUCUUCCCCUUGCUUUGAUGGAUUUGAUGAGAAGUCCAUCUUGUCCGCCAGUAUGAAAACAUGUGCAGAAAAAGACUCGACUUCUGUUUUAAAAUCAAUGAAAUAUUACACACAUGUUGAAAGAGGAAAACAGCAAAUUGGUGGAAGUAGCAACAGAUUUUCUAAAGGUGAGCUUGGAGUGGCAUCAUCACAAUUUUCUGUUAGUCAAACAAAUGUCAAGGCUGUCUCGACUAAAGCAAGUGAAGGCUCACUGGGAGAAGAUAAUAUUCCAUCUUCAAGGACUGUCCUUGCAACAGAGAUUGAAUGCCUUAUGUGCCAGGCUUCCAUGUGUAGGCUACGACAUACAUUGUUGUCUUCUAGCAAUCAGUCACCUACUGGAAUGAGUGGAUUGUCUGAAAGUAGCACUCCAAAUCAGGCCAAUGUUGAUUCAAGUACCAUGACGGACAAUAUUUCAAGCAAAUCUGAGUUGAAGAAGAAAGAAAUUAUUCCGGUUAGGAUAGCUGGUGAUAUUGAUGGAGGAAUACUAGAUGGCCCUUUGACCGCACCUGUUGGUGUCUGGCGAUCUGUUGGAAUUCCUAAAGUUGCUAAAUCAAGCACAAGUAUGGAAAUCUGCCCAUCUAUACCACACAAUUCAUUCAUUGAAGAAAGCAUGCUUUCCUAUGGACUACGACAACCACUUCAGGAACUUCUUGACGGCAUCGCGUUACUUGUCCAGCAAGCUACUUCAUUUGUUGAUGUGGCUCUGGAUGCUGAUUGUGGUGAUGGCCCUUAUGGUUGGCUCGCACUUCAAGAGCAGUGGAGACGCGGAUUUUCCUGUGGACCUUCUAUGGUACAUGCUGGUUGUGGGGGACUUUUGGCUUCUUCUCAUUCCCUCGAUAUUGCUGGCAUGGAGCUUGUUGAUCCACUCUCAGUUGAAGUGAGAUUCCUUUAUAAUAGAGUUUAUUUUGCUUCCUAG